UGUGUAUUGAGUGUAUUGGGGUGGAGGGGCUGCUCAAAUCGUCCCACCUCCCUCUCUCUCUCCAAGCCAAGACGCUCCAAAGUUGUGGAGCGCACCGCGGAGAACUCUCCAAAGAGUUUUCGAGCUUCGGGACUGAAAGGAGACAGGAAACGUUUGAGAAACAGCAAAACUAAAAAAAAAAAGUGAACUGAGCAUCGGAAAGGACAAGCGAAAAAGGCGGAAUGAUCCUCCAGCCGAGCCGCACAUGUGAGCCCAGAGGCCACCGGUAGCGACUUUUUAUUAAUUAAUUUCAAGGGAGACGGAGGGGAAGGUCAGCGAGAAGAGAGCGUCGAGGACAGAGGGCAAACUCGUGUGGGAGCGCACUGUCACCUCGACACGAUGGUGCGUCGAUGGCAGGGAUUCAGCUGGAUUCUCCUCCUCCUGAGCGCACUCCUGCACACUGCGGCACCCUGGAGCGCAGAUCAGCGGCCGCACAGACCGAGGCAGUGCGACGCACCGACGUCUCAAAGUGACAUGAACUCCUUCCUGUGGACAGUUAAGCGUCCUGCUCCUCAUCCACCCUCCUACUUGUUUGGUACCAUCCACGUGCCCUACACGCGGGUCUGGGACUUUAUUCCCAACAGCACCAAGCGGGCUUUUUAUAGCAGCCCCAAUGUUUUCUUUGAGCUGGACUUGACUGACCCUCUGACCAUCUCUAAGCUGACGAGCUGCCAGCUACUUCCCCACGGGGAGAACCUGCAGACACUUCUACCUCGGGACUUGUACCGUCGCCUCAAACGUCACUUGGACUACGUCAAACACAUGAUGCCUUACUGGAUGACUGCUGACCAGCGUGGCCGUGGCCUGUAUGCUGACUACCUGUUCAAUGCCAUUGCGGGGAACUGGGAGAGGAAAAGGCCUGUGUGGGUGAUGCUGAUGGUGAACUCGCUGACAGAAUGGGAUGUCCGGUCCAGGGGGACACCUGUGCUGGACCUGUUCUUGGCUCAAGAAGCUGAGAAGAUGGGAAAGAGAACCGGGGCAGUGGAGCGGGUGGAGGAGCAGUGUCACCCCCUUAAUGGGCUCAACUUCUCUCAGAGGGCACUGCAGCUCCAGCACACCGCUCCACACAAACAAGGCAGCCAUGCAGGAGGAGAAGCAGGGACACUAAUCAGAACAACCAGGGAACAAACCGUGGCUCAGGAGAGCGAAAUCUAA